CGCCCGCUCACUUUGCCCGCAAUAGAGCUCGGAGGCAAUUCCGUGUCGAUUCGUUUUGCUAACGUAACAUUUGGCGGUAACAAAUGUUCUGUUAUGUAACCUUAAAUGUGAUAUUGUUCUACCUGAUAGCGGGUCUAUUGAUAUUCUUGGCGAUGGAGUUUAGUUUUUUCGAGUCGUUUUAAUCGUGCAGUUGCGCCGUCGUCUCAGAGGGGCGUUUGCGACGGCACCAACUAGCGUGAACAAACAUUGACCAAGCAGCGCGAACCGCAACAUUCCUAGCGUAAAAGUUAACGUGGAUGGUUUACUCUAUGUAAUUUUGCGGGAAAUGCGAUAUUUUUUUUUAAGUUUCACCAUCGAACAUAUCAGUGCGAACGAGUAACGAAAUACGAUUUCACUUAUUAUAGUGAUGUGUGCUACUAAUGUUUCCACAAAAGUGAGAAAUGGAUUUGGAAUUUUUGCACAAGUCAAAAACAUUAAACGCUUCGUCAAUGUAAAUUAAAUAACUAAAAUGAAUAGAAAUUGCGGAAGAAGAUUAGCCGAGUUCCAAGAUGAACAUUACUGCGCCGGAAAUGUCACAAGCAAUUUCCGACGCUCGUGUUCACUGCGGCUGCGCGGUGAAAAAAUGGUGCAGCGGUCGCCUUUAACAACGAGGAAAUAUAUCCCAAUAAUCACGGAAAAUAACAACCAGAAACCACGAAGCGAUGGCUCCCGACUUCCAGAGCCUUGCCAUCGUCAACGAAGUCAAUCAUUCAACGCAAACGGUAACAAACCAAGGAAAUCCUGCCUGAAAACACAAGACCCUUGCAUAAGUAUGACAGAUUCUGCCCACACUCCCCCAGGAUCUCCAGAAGAUUUGCCCGAUGACGAUUCCCUACACAGCUACGGCAGCGCAGCCACCGCCGCGUCCAUCGACGCGGGAUAUGCCCCAUUCAAUGGCACCACUUUCAGCGGACGAUCCAUGCGCUAUGUGUUGCAUUGUUCCUCACAUGCCGGGUUAGCAGGAGAGGAAUACCUCACACCCACACAACGCGCUCAGAAGCAGAUUCGCCGCCUUAAAAGCCUUCUAAGCCAAGCUAAAAAGGACUUGGAAAAGAAGGACAGUGAAAUAUUUCAGCUCACUAAGGAAGUGGUCGAGCUUCGUCUGUACAAGGCCUCUAUAUUCUCUCCGGAUGAAAAGUCAAACUCUAGUGAGGUUGUGACGGUGAGAGAGAACAAUGAGGAGCCUUCGAUCGAGGAGGAGAGUGUCAAAUGUAAAGAUGUUCACCGUUCAUUUGACAUCACCGACAGUCCAAUGUUUAAAGAUCAGACUCCUACCAGGUGCCGGAAUGAGAUGCAGGGAUCGUUUACCGAUUCUGGACAUUUUGAUGAUCUUACGAAUUCAUCUCUACACUCCAAAGAGUCUGUUCACAUGUUGACCCAUGAUGCAUCUUGCAUGACGGAAGUUACAGAUAGUGACGAAGAGCGGCGUAGCUUGAUGGCUUACUAUGAGAAGAAAAUAGAAGACGUCGUGAGAUCUCACGUGGGAGAAACUCAGGAAAUAAAGAAAGCUCACAAUGACAAGGUUGAAGCAUUGCUUCAGAAAUUAGCGGAUGUAAACACUCGCUACUGCGAAUUGUUGCCAAAUUAUGAACAAGCGAAAGAGAGAAUACAUGUUUUGGAGAAGCAGCUGGAAGAUGCAAGCAAGCAGCUGCAAGAUGAUGACAGCAGACAUCGCUCCAUGUACCUGCAAAUGUAUAAUAAGGGAAUGGAAGCUGUCAAAUAUGAAUUGGAUAAGGAGGGAGAGCCCGAACCUAGCACCAGUCAGCUAAACAGAGUUUCAGUCGAGGAACUGUUGGAGCAGCUUCAAAUAACACAGACGGAGCUCGAGAAUGUCCGAGACACGGCAUUCACAGCGGACGGAACUGCAAAGUCACAAGUACUUCUUAGUGCAAAGGAGGCUGUUUCUUUAUGGGUCCUAGGAGCUCGAAAGGCAAUGUACCGCCGCAUCGUGGAGUCCCAGAAAGGCAACAAGACCAAUGUGGACCCGGAAGUGACGUUACAGUUUUUAAAAUCGGCGAUAUAUUACUUCCUCACGGACCCGGAGAACCACCAGGGGCACUUAAAUGCUAUAGAGAAUAUUCUAGGGUUCACUGACGCGGAAAAGAAAAAUAUACGCAAAGCUAGGGCCACGUAGAGACUGCUGGAAAUAUGUGAUAGUUCAUAAAAUAGAUAAAUGUUUGCCACUUAGUUAGAAUUAAUUGUUGCAUGUCCUCGGCCGCUAGCUAGAUAAAUAUUAAAAUAUAUAUUGGUGCACAUUAUUUUGUGUUACCAUGAUAUGAUUAUCGUAGUUAUACUUCAUUGCAACAUUGCAUAAUGGUUAGGUUAAUCUUCGUGAUUAACUAUUUAUACCUACAUCCUAUAAAAUUUUUGGAUUUUAGAAACGAAUUUAUUUUUAGACGCUAAAUUUGUGAUUUUUAGGGCCGUAGCAGACGCGACACUUCAUUGGCAUCGGCGAUCAGAGAUUUUGUGACUGCAUCGCGUUUUGACAACCUUCUGCGUUCGAUCGCUGUAUUGAAAUUGCACGUUUUAAGUGUUUUAACUAUUGUUUCGAUGAUUCAUCGCGUUUUGACGAUUUUUUGCGGUCGGACGCGUCGGGCUUCCGAAAAUCGCCUUGAUUCCUGCGACUGGAUAUGCAUACACAUAUCCAAUCGCAGCAGUCCGAAAAGCAACUAAAUAACCGAUCGCUGAUGCUACAAGCAUCGUGUCUGUUAUGACCCUUAUAGUUUUUAAGCGCCAAAGAAAACAUUCCUUUUUUGUUGUGCAAUUUUUUGACCUUUUAUUAUUUUUAAGUGUACAGUGAUGGUUCGCUGAUAAUGACAACUAUUUUAAGUGUUAUAGUUUUACAUAUUUUAUUCCUUUUUUGCGUUGUUCCUACAUUACUUUACAUUUACUUUAUAUUUUCGUUAUUUUGCAAGUGAGAAAACUUUUCUGUUAUAUUUGCUUGUUAAGCGCUAGUACACAAUACUAUAAUAAUUAAGAUCAUUAGUUUUAUUGGUUUCAUAGAGAAUAUUGAUGUACACGUAGUGUUUACACUGGAACAUCACCGUCCUUACGCUACAAUAAAAUUUAUUUUCUAGUUCCUAUGUUCUUUGCCUUUUUACUGAGUUAUGUCGACGUUUUCUUGCCUCUUUGAAAGCUGCAUCUGUGAUUAGUAUACGUUAUAAAAUAAUCAUUGCAUAAUAAAUUCGUUAUAUGUAUAUUAAUAAAUUGCAUAAUAAAAUCUUGCUUUAUUGUUCAAUCUUAAUUUGAAAGUUUGUUAUAUAUUUUAAACAUCUAUAUUGUACUUACUCUUUUCAAUUUGAAAUUCACAGAAAAUGUAUUAUUAGGUUUAAAAUAAAAUAUUUUUAAGUUUACUGCAUGGCAAGGCCGAAGGUUAGGGCAGUAGUUGUUUAGAAUAGCUAGUAGUAAAGCUAUUUACAUAAGCAACUUAAUCACAUAACUUUGUUACAAUGUUGAUCAUAGUGAGCGAAUUUUAAAUCUAACCUACAUUUGGUCGUUUCUACUGAAACUUUCUGAGCAUGUCAAAUUGAUGAGAUUGGGACUAGGUACCUCUAUUGAGGUUAAGUGGGUAAUUAUUGUGAUUUUGCAUCUUUUAACUGUAAAGUUAUAUGAAAAUGUAAUACACUAUACCUAUUAUAAGUAAUUAUUGUGGUAUAGGUUACUUAAUUACUUGUGUUGUGAAAUAUUCACAGACAAACUAUCUUACGUUUUCAAUAAACGAGAAAUAUUA